AAGCCGGAAGUGCGCUGCGCGCGGCCGGAAGAGGGGAGCCGGAGCGGCGGGCAUGGGCCGCAGCCGCUCCCGGUCGCCGCCGCGGCGCGAGCGCAGGCGUUCGCGGUCGACCUCACGGGAGAGAGAGAGGAGGCGACGAGAGCGAUCUCGGUCCCGGGACAGGGACAGGAGAAGGACCCGUUCCCGCUCCCCGCACAGGAGACGAUCCAGGUCGCCGAGACGGCACCGAUCCAGCUCCUCCUCCCCGCCACGGCUGAAGGAAAGACGAGAUGAAGAGAAGAAGGAGGUAAAGGACCCCAAAGGCAAAGAGCGUCAGAUCACGGAGGAGGAUUUGCAGGGCAAGACGGAAGAGGAGAUUGAGAUGAUGAAGAUGAUGGGCUUUGCCUCUUUCGACACAACAAAAGGAAAGAAGGUGGACGGCGCCGCCAAUGCGUAUGCCAUCAAUGUGUCCCAGAAGAGGAAAUACAGGCAGUACAUGAACAGGAAGGGAGGAUUCAACAGACCCCUGGAUUUCAUCGCCUGAUCAAGGAGGACGCUGCUUCCCACCACGCAUGGGGGGCUCAGAGAACAGAUCUCGGAGAAAUUUAGACUUAUUCCUGGCAAAUCCUGCAGCCAGAGCGGGUUGGAGUCCCUGUUUCCCAGAAUCUUUUGUUAUUUUCCACACUAUCUCUCGUGGUUGGUUCCUCGCUGGGAUUUCCGUGUGUUUUCCCUGUUUGUGAUGCUGCAUUCCCAGCACAAUAAAACCCUUCUCUAUUUU